AUGGGCUUUAAGCUUGGAAAACCUGUUAAUUUUUGUAACGUGAUCUUAAAUACGAAUGGGUUCAUCGAUUGUAAUAACAGAAUACAUCUUAAAAGGGGAAAUACAAACGAAAAUCCGAAGACAACUCGUGGUUCAAAUGCUCUGCUCGGAGAACAUACCGUUUAUGGACCUGUUCUGGUCUCUGAUUGGGACGUCGAAAUACCGCCUCAUGAACGGCUGAUAAGUUGGUAUCUCAUGGCUAAUUUUGCACGAGAUGAUCUUGUUUGUAAUACAGGGAAGGAGUAUUUAUCGAAAUAUAUAGAUGGUCAUGAACAGAAUGUAUCGCCUCAAUGCACUUGCUACCACGCUGAAAUUUACAUGUCUUUUCAUGCGGUAAAUAUAUCAAACUCUGUUGUUAUAGAUAUGAGAUAUAUCCUAUUUUGGGAUAGAAACUCUUGUAUACUUUUUGUUCAUACGAAGGAAAAAAGAUCAAAAUGCCCAGUUAAGUACUAUAGUAACUCCUUUGCUUUUCGGCGUUUGUUAUUAUCGGGAGACGUUGAACUAAACCGUGGUCCCUGUACGGCGUUAAACUCAAAUUUAAAUGAGACACCCACGAUUACGGCUAAUAGCAAAAAUAUUCCCUCUCUCGCUGCUGAUCUGCCCUCUGGAUUAAAAUUUGUUAGCUGGAAUGUACAAAGUCUCAAUGCUCAUUUGGACCAAGUUCGCUUGACAUUAAAUUCACCAAAUGAAGCAAGUGUGAUUGGUCUGUCCGAGACCUGGUUAAACCAAAACUUUAUAAAUAAAGAUAUUCAAAUUGACGGCUAUAAAUUGGCUUCUCGGUUAGAUCGUGUUAGCGAUACUUGGGGAGGAGUUGCUAUGUUAGUAAAAGAAAAUAUACCAUUUGACGAGCGAAUAGAUCUCAGACAUGAUAAUCUUGAGGCAAUAUGGAUUGAAAUAACCUAUCCUAACUCGUCUCCAAUACUUGUAGCUACAAUUUAUAGACCACCUAAAGCACCUGUGUUGUGGUAUGAACAUUUUAUCGACAUGUGUGAGAAUGCAUAUUGCGAAGGAAAAGAAAUUAUCAUUAUGGGUGACAUUAAAAUUGAUUUCCUUAAACCUAAUUCAAUUCCUAAACAAUGGGUAGAUAUUAUGGAAUCGUACAACCUCACUCAACUCAUAAAGGUUCCAACUAGAGUUACGAAUUCGUCAAAAACAUGCAUCGAUCAUAUCUAUGUUACUAACCCAGAGCAUGUACGGGCAACUAAAGUGGCAACAAUAAGUAUUUCCGACCAUUUUCCGGUUUGUUACUCUCGAUCACAUAACUCAGCGACAAGAACACACAAAACUCUCAUCAAUCAAAUAUAGAUCAUAUAAGAAUUUUAAUCAAUCAGCUUUUCUUGUUUAGAAAAUUUUUUAGACCCAUCUCAAUUUUACCCACACUAUCGAAACUACUUGAAAGACAUGUGCAUAUUUCGUUCUACAAAUUUUUAAAGUCAAACAACCUGCUGCAUAAAGCUCAAUCUGGUUUUCGAACUUUAUUUUCCUGUGAAACAGCUAUUACCUACAUGAUUGACAAGUGGGCUAAAGCAAUAAAUGAAGGAUAUAUGAACGGAAUCGUUCUUUUAGAUCUCCGUAAAGCUUUCGAUCUAAUUGAUCAUAGUAUCUUGCUACAAAAGCUACGAAUGUAUAAAUGCAGUACAAAUUCUGUAAAUUGGUUUUCAUCGUACCUACAAAACAGAUAUCAAAGUACAUCUGUUAAUGGUAAAAUAUCUUCCAAACUACCUAUGACGAAAGGGGUUCCUCAGGGAUCUAUUCUGGGCCCCUUGCUUUUUAUUGUCUUUAUUAACGAUCUGCCACUGUCUAUCCCACAUGGCGACAUAGAUAUGUAUGCGGAUGAUUCUACCAUCACGACAUCUGCGAAAACCAUAAACCAACUCAAUGAAAACUUAAAUCAAGCUAUGGAUGAGGUCUAA